AUGCCUAGAGGUUGGCGUGACAUGAACAAACCUGACACAUCAGAUUCUCAAAGGGGACGACCAAGACUACCUUCUUGGAGGAGAAAGUCAAGGGAAACAGAAUCUUCUCUUCCUUCAGCUUCUUCUCCAGACAAAUUCUAUGAGGGAAGAAUUGGUGACAUUGCAAAUGAGAAACUAGAUGUACAAGCUCCAUCAAACUUAACAGGGACCCUUGACGUAAGUGAAAUCUCCAGCACAUAUUCACCAGUUGAUCUACAAAUAGAAACUUCACAGAUAUUGAGUAGUCUUGAUGGUAUCACUUCACUCGUAACCAGUGGUUCCUCAAACUCUGGAAGUAAAGCACUCAGCCCAAGUAGUCCAAAACCACUGGGGCUUCUUCCACUGUUAGCAGGGUCACCUAGUAAUGUGGCAGGGUCUGUGGCACUACCAUCAACUACACCACAGUGGAUGCAGUUUUUAGGUGAUCAAAAGUUCAGCAGAAAGGAACAAGAUUUGAACUUAGGUUUGUAACUUAGUCUUCUAUAUUUAUAUCUGAGGUAAUUUAUAAGAGUUUUUACAUCUGGUUCAGAGGUAUAAGUGUUCCUCUGGUUUUGUGAUAUUUUCUCCUUUCUUCCACAGAUAAUGUUUAAUGUCAUUUUGUGAAAUUGUGACAGUGAUAGAUUUGAUAAUUGCAAUUACAGCUGAUAACAUGUACUUUUUAGAAUAAAAUUGUUUAAUUGUCUUCUCAUUAACCAAGCUUGCUCUGUAACGACUGAUGGUUAUACACUUGGUUGUAGUUUUUGUUGUUGUUGUUGUCACUGUUUUUUUUAAUGGAUGGAUUAGGUGUACAAAGGGUUGAUAAAAUGGCAAACAAGAAAAAAGCAAACAAAUAAAGAAAUAAAUUAAACAAAAACAAAAAACUAAGGACACUGUCCAGCCAUCUUGAGUAAACAAGCUUGGUCAAUUAAGAAUUUCCUGUAUUGCUAAAAUGCUGGCAAUGAACUAUUAGAUACCAUUGGGGGGGGGAAAGCAUUACACUUAAGUCUCCAACUGUGUCUUUGUAGCUUUAGUAAUCAGAUUUUAAUUGUCUGGCUGAGCUGGUUCCCUCAUUUCUCAUUCAUUUCACUGGUAGUUUCACCUGCAGCCUCUUAACCCUUUAACUCCCAGAAGUGAUUAGCAUGAAACUUCUCUCUUUCAUACCCAUACAUUAUUCAGCAAACAGGUGAUGAAAAUAUUCAAACUUAUCAGGUAGAUGUUGCUAUCUUGCUCUAGCACCAAGUUCUCAUAACUAAUUCACAAGGAAAUGUGUAGUAGGUAGAGGAGAGAAUUAAUAGUUAAUGGGCUAAAAAGAGGAUGUUCUCUAAGAGAUCAUGUAGUUAUUAUAAAGUGAGAGACAAAUUUCAAAUUGAUUUGAUAAAUUACAGGUGCUUCCUCUAGACAUCAGCAUUUAGAUGAAAAAUUUCAAUUUGAGAAAAGUAAAUGGGAGGAAGAAAGAAAUGUCCUUGUAACAGAGCUAGAGGACCUUCAAGAGGAACUUGAGAACACAAAGCAAGCAAAAGAAGAAGCUGAACAAAGAAUUGCCUGCUUGGAGGGAGAAUUGAGAAUCAAAGAUGAACAUGUGAAUGAGUUGGAACAAACUUUAUCCACAAUUCAACAAACACUGGAUGAGUGCAAACAAAAAGUGUCCCGUGAUUGGGUUAUAUCACGGGAUGAGAUUCUCAUGACAGAUACCUGUCUUGGCGUGGGUGGGUGGGGCACAGUCCUGCUGGGAAAAUUUAGAGGCUGCAAAGUGGCUGUGAAGCAGAUUCAUGAAUUGAUACUUUCUCCGCAUAACAGACGUUUGUUUGAGCGGGAAAUGAACAUUGCAUCAAGGUGCCGCCAUCCUUGCUUGCUACAAUUCAUUGGAGCUACAAAUGAUGAAGGGACUCCUUUGUUUGUAACAGAGCUCAUGGAAUCUAGUUUACGAACACUGUUAGAACAGCAACUUCUCCCUACAUCAAAUAUCUGUAUUCUAUCCGUGGACAUAGCACAAGCACUUAAUUACUUACAUUUGAGCAAACCUCCCAUCAUCCACCGUGACAUCAGCAGUGCAAAUGUGUUGCUAUGGCGACAAGGCGAGCAAUGGCGAGGCAAGGUUUCAGAUUAUGGAACCGCUAAUUUUAUGCAACAGAUCAUGACUGUGGCCCCUGGUGCUAUGAUAUACAGUGCGCCGGAAGCACUCACUUCGAAUCAGACAAUCAAGGUUAGUUGUUCAUUAAAAUAUUAAAUUAGAAUUACUCUGAGCCAGUUUUCACUAAGUUAUAUCAGUGCAUAGUGCUUCCAAAUCUGCUCCAACAGUCGACAUGAACUCUUUGAAAAGCCUCUGAAAGUUGUAUCACCAACAUGAUAUCAACAUUGAAAACAACAGUGCUGCAAAUGAGAUUUGGAGCUCACUGAUCUUCCACAUAUCUUUUUUUUGCGCUCAAAAAUUGUGAUCGAAUAAAUUGAUGGAAGGUUUUCGUUGGUCAGUCUUUUCAAAUGACAGUAACCCAUGGAGUAUAUUUUCACUAGGAGACGUGAACCAAAACUAAAUGAUUCACAACAAUCAAUCAGACCAUGCUAGUGUGAAUUCAAACUUUAAAAAACAAAACAGUCUAAGGCGCGGGGAAAAAACGAGUGACCGAGUUAAGUCGCAACUGUUUUUAACUCUGAACCUGAUUGGUCGAGCAAGAGACGUGAGUAGUUUUGAGACCAAUCACAGCCUCAAGGAAAGCAAAACCCAAGAAAUCUUGGACUACUCUUUGUUGAAAAUUACUCUUACAUCGAAUAUGCCGGUUUUCCAAACCAGUUUACCACUGCAACGGUAAACUGAUAAUAUCGCAAUUAUUUCAUAUACCUGACCCAUUUUCCCUUGCGCUUUUUGUUUCCUUUUCAGAUCGAUGUGUACAGUUUUGGAGUUCUCCUUUGUGAGAUGUGUAUCCGGGAACUACCAGAUCCUCAGAAUCGCGAAGAGCAAGUAGCCAUGGUAACAAAUUACUUGUUUCGAAGUCUGAUGCGGCGUUGUCUUCAGGCGGAGCCUAAGGAAAGACCACAUAUGGAAGAGGUUAUCGAGAAUUUGGAAUCUUACACUUUGUGAAGAAUGUUUUGAUUCAGAACCAAGUGUUUUCUCCAAAGAUAAGCCAAUUAAGUUCAAAUGUGAAAUUAAAAGCUCCUCGCAGCUAAGAACACUACUGAAACGAGUAGUUGAAAAUAGGACCUAAAAAAAAUUCAGGCCCGUACGGGAUUUGAACCCAUGACCUCUGCGAUACCGGUGCAGCGCUCUACC